AUGCCUGGUACACUGAAUGGAUUCAGCACACCACGAGGGCGCUCAAUCGGGAAAGUAAGAAGAAAUGGACCUGCCAUGUUAAGAAAAGAUGAUAAGAUCACACCGGGUGAAGAUGACAAAGUAAAACUACCGACGAAACUAAAUCUAGACAGCGACAAGGGCAAGGAAAACGUACCAAUUCGGAUCCCCAUUCCAAGUAGUGUCCAAAGAGUUCUCGAAACAAUUUACUACAUAUGGAGCUACGUCGUUAUUGCGCUCGGAAUUGCGCUCUCUUUUGGAUUACUUCUGAAUAUCUUCGGCUACGGGUAUCAGUUGACGGAAGAUGGCUUGCGCAUUGAUUCAAUUGACCAGUUCCGUACCGAAAACCAAUUUAGAAUCGAGGUGAUCAAUAGCAUGAAGGAAAGUCGAAAGGGAAUCAAUGUAGACUUUAAAUAG